AACUUGUUCUGUUCUAACUUCAAUGUUUGUCUUCACGGUGUAUUUAUUAUCGAUGAUCGUAUCGGCGAGCGGUCAAUGAUUUAAUACUCGGUAACACUAUUAAUUCACGAAACAUGAAUAAAAGUAUGAACGGCGUGUUUUACAAAUCGUAGUGUGGAUGUUUUAAAAGCGAUAUUUAAUGUAUUCGUCGAAAAACAAAUCAAAAUUUAGUUAAUAAUAUUAGUAGGUCAUAAAUGUGAAUGUGUCACCCCGAUGAAUAGAAAGCAUGUGAAAAGUGACAUGGAUUCAGGUCUGGGUAGUGAUGAAGACCGUCGGAGUCGGACUAAAGAGCAGAAGCAGCUACACAAUCAGCAACUUUUGAGUGGUUGUUUUAUUGACGCUGCCAGUUUGUCCGAUGACUCUGAGGUUGUCGAACAAAGACGAAACGAUGAGAGACGACAGGGUGCACUACUCUUCCAAACUUCAUUACCCCAUUUUUCUAUGGUGCAAAUUCCCCACGAAGAUCAUCAUUUCUCUUAUUCGUCUAAUAAUUUAGUCUCUCAAUUUCCCGAAACUAGCACCCCUUUCAAUUCCAUAGUGCAGCUGGAUUCUAACGAAACAGAAACAGCUAGAAAUAAAUCACCUCUAGGUUUUUACGUAGACUUAAGCGAUGUCCCCGAAACGUCUUCAUCCCCACCGUCUAAUUCUGCCAAGAAAAACAUUUUUUCUAUGGUAAUAGAUUUCGAGGGACCUAAAAAGGAGAAACCAGUUAAACUUAGCUCGUCCUUUACUUGUUACAGAAAGCCUAAACCUUCUAAUAAGUCCAACCUUCUCGGUAAGAGCAGCGGAAGCUUAUCUUCCAGCGUUAGUUCUAUAAAUUCUAAUAGAGAUUCAAAUUCUAUAGCUGGAACCUCCAGACAGUCUGAAGAAUUAGAACUUAGGCCAAAUAAGGGUGUUAGUAUCGAAGUACUCAGUGCUUCACUUAUUAAAAAUCUCUCGACCUCUUCUAAGUCUUCUAGUAGUAGCGAAAAUGUACCGGAAAAGGUCCAUGACGACGGUGGUACCGAUUCUGCGAAAGAAUCUGUCGAUGAGGAUCACAUCGAGUGUGAUAGCAUGCCAGAAAAAAUCGCUGAUGAAGUUGUUAUUCAUCAUACUGAUCUUGAGGAAAAAGAAAAUUCUCGGGAAAAUCAAAAACCUGACAAUACCCGGCAGCAAACUUUUGGGAAUAAAAUUGAGAAACAGAGUUGUCAACAGUUCGUGAAGCUGUCCGAUCUGGAAUGUCAGAAACCGAAAGUGGACCUAAAUUUUACUCCGAGGAUGAGCAGGUCCAUUCCGGAGAGCUCGUGGGUAGAAAGUCCGCUGCUAAUGUCCCACUCGGUUGGGUACAGGUCCGCUCCUCAUCCCUUGGAGCCCGAACAUAACGAAAGCAGUCAAGAGUCGGAUAGCUCAGCGAAAAAAGAAUCGUCUCAGCCCAAAAGGUGCGUAAGAAAACUCGGUACUGAUCUUUUGAGGAUGUUCUUGGAAGAAAUCGGACCGGACGUAGUGGUGGAGGUCGAGGGACACAAACUCAAGGCACACAAGUGUAUUUUGGCUUCGAGAUGUCAAUAUUUCGCUGCUUUGCUCAGCGGAAACUGGUUGGAGAAGAGUGGGAAUGUUAUAUCUUUACAGGGAUUUUCGUACGAGUCGGUAUAUUUCUCAUUGUGUCACAUCUACAGCGGUGCAGCUCACGUGCCCGAUUCAAUAAGUCUCGUAGAACUCGCAUCUUUGGCCGACAUGCUGGGAUUGGAAGGGCUUAAAGAAGUAGUAGAACACGCGUUGAAGCAACGGCAUUGUCACAACUUCCAUAAACCUUGCGCUGGUUGUUGUACUGGAAUCUUGGAAGUUUUACCUUUGUCAGCCGCAUAUGGACUGGACGAUCUCUACCAAAGAUGUUUACAGUGGAUUACUCAACAUUUCAUUAGAGUUUGGCCUAGUAGGGCGUUUGCAAGUUUGCCCAGGGAAUUGAGAGAAAAAUGCUAUCAACAACAUGUAGUGCACAUGAACUCCGACAAAGUAAUAGAAACCAUCUUAAACUGCGACAAGAUCCUCGCUACUCUACCUGCAAUGCGCUGGGCGGAGCCUGUAAGUCAACUAGUUCUUCAGCUUACGGACGCCUGUCACUUGUACCAUCGUCAACAUUUCUCCGCAGUCUUAGGAUCCAACUACAUUCUAUCAUUGGACGCCGGUUUGGGCUUUGGAGUGUGCCAAAUCGAGGAUCAAAUGCUAUCAGCCGCUAAAAAUUUAGGAAUCGAGCAGGCGUGUCGCAGUUAUGCUAGAUGCUGCAAAAUGUUGGACCAAACGUGGUCGAGACCGUUCGCUGAUAUGUUGAACAAAGUAAAACUCCAACUGGAACAAUGCCUUGUGAGUCAAGCUGAUAGAUUAAUACGAAGCAAUGCAUGGCUCAGAUUGGAUACAGCUUUAAGGACACGUAUAAAAGAACUGACCCCGAGCUUGGAACCGACGAGUCGUUUACCGCGCUCGACCAAUUUCCGCAACAAGAAACACAUCCUCAACCAAAAACCCAACGUCCAGAGUCCCGCGUUGAGUUCCUCGGACUCGUCCCGCAAUUCCAGCCCCGGGAUGAACCAGCAAAAUCGUUUGAACGGCACAAACGGUAGUCCUUCGCUGCGUCGUAGCCUUCUGCUCGCAGCCAAGGCGCCUCAAGUCCCUCCGAGCCCCUCCGUCUAUCGCCGAAGUACCUUAACGCAACCCACAGCCGCCAGCGCUGCCAAGUCCGCGAAAGGACCGAUGAAGGCGACGCCGCUUCCCAGGGUGGCUACGAUCAAGCCUACGGUACGCGGAGUGCCGAUUACUGUUAGCCAUACUCAGGAAAAAUCAACAGCAUCCUCGAAAAAAUCAUCGGUAAAUGUAUCCAGAAAUUCCAGCAUGGGUAAAAAAGACACGCUAACAACCAAAAGACCUGAUAGCAGAUCCAGUUCACCCAUGAAAGGCGACAGUCGUACUUCCUCGCCUAGAAAACUAGACACCAAGGUAACAUCGCCUGUCAAAGCGACAGUCAGAUCGGUCAGGACCCCAUCGCCACUAAAAGAUGCGAGUAACUCGCCUCGAAGGAUUACUCGCGCCUCGCAAUCCGCCAAGCCUGUUCCUGCGCCCGCGCCUCAACCUACGCAACAGCCUGUCAUGCAACGGUCGAGCACGUUUUUGAAAGAGGAACCAACAGUGAUGGGUAAAGUGUUGUAAUGAGCAUUCCCUAGUCUCUAAAACAUUCCUAGUCUGGGCUGGGAUUACGGACCGGUGCAAAAAUAUAGUAUAUUGCGGAAUUGUUUCGUGGUUGAAUGAUUUGUGCGUUUUUUUAUAUUUCGGGUUUCACAAAAUUGUUAUUUACUAAAAACUUAGGUCUAUCUCAUGAAGAACAACUACUAGAUCAGUUUUGUUUACAAAAGGCGAAUUGCAAGCAUUCACGUUGGUAUCCACAUAGUUGCCAAAUUAUUACAAGAUUACAAUGCUUUUUUGUGUUUAUAAUUCGGAAUUCACUUAACAAAAGUCUCUAAAGCGAACAAGAGGCUUUCACGAUUACAUUAAAGAAGUAUAUUUGAAUGUUUUAUUUGAGAAACAACAAAGUCACUUUUUGAGUUUUCAGUUGGCGAAAAAACGUUUAGAACAUAUAUCUAAAUAUUUUGAGUAAUUUUGUGGCUAGAGGUCGAAAGUUUACUACUAAAGUAAGAAUUUAUACGAAAGCGCAAAGUUUUAAAAUAAAUUUUUUUAUUUUCAAACUAAUUUAUUACCAUUUGUAAAAAAAUAUAGCUUAUUUUGUGAUUCUCUUGGUUUUUGUCUUAGUUUUUUGUUGUUUCAAUAAUAUAUGGCUUCUAGUAUAGGCAGCGGGCCCUUAUGUGCCUUUUAAAUUUGCUUUUAAAGUGGGAAUGUUUUGAUUUUGGAAGAGAAAAUCAAAAGUUAUGUUUUGAGAACUGACCGUUUGUUAAUCGUUGUUCAUAAUACAGAAUUAAGUACAUUUUUUUCUUUAAUAAACAAUUUUUUAUAACCAACAAUAACAACAACAAACUACUACAAAUCGAAUCUGCAGUGGGUUUCUCAUCUUUUCAUAGAUCACGUGUAUCUCGAGACGCUUAUCUUCAUUCGACAAAUUGAUUCUUAUGUAACGUUGAUGUGAAGUGUUGAGUUCGCACAUAAGAAUUCAUGUGCUGUUACUGUUUAGAUUUCUAUAGAUUAGGUUAUAAGUGAUUGCAAAAUGCUAACUGUCAAUUUAGUGCAGAAACAACCCAUGAUACAAAAAAUUUCAGAGAUAUGAUACUUAGAUGACAAAAUCUCGUUGAGUUCGCACAUAACCUAAUGUGGUACUUAAUUUUAAAAUCCAUUGAACUAAGUAUAUUUACAAUAAGAAAGUGUAUUACUGACACGCGAAAACUUUGUGGUUCGUAUCUUCUCUCACUGUCCUGGCUAGUUAUACCUUCGUUCAAUGUAUAUAUUUAAAUUUAGUGUCUUCUCCUUGUCUGUCGGCAUUGUACGGCAAUGCUGGUUUUCUUGCAAGUUCGUUAAUUGGGUUUUUUUGUGUGAAUUUAUUUGUGAUCUGGCUAUCUGUGAUGGAAAUAGGCAGAUUAAAAUGUAUUUUUGCUUGCUGUUUUCGAUCAGCUGAUGCCUCAAACUCGUAAAAGCCACGCAUCCGCGCCGCAAUACAUCACCCUGUCGUAGUAUCAAUUUGCGUAUUAUUACCUUUAUAUUUUUUGGUCAUGUAACAUCGAACAAACUAUGUCAGUGGAGCAAACGGACCUUAGAUAUAUUAAAAGAACCGUAUCGAGUAAAAAAGCAAAACAUGGUACUUUUAAAUGCAGCAUUUUUAUAGUAUCAUGAAAACAACCCAAGUCCAGUAAUAAGGUUGUUUUAGAAAUUAACGAAUAUUUGAGUGGUUCAAUGCCAGAGUUGCAUGAACAACAAAUUAUUAAAACUGAGUAAAUAGAGAUCAAAGCAUUUUACUUGUAAUUUUGGAAAUUAUGAAAAUGAAAAAUCCUCAAUUCCCCCUACGAAAUUAUAAUACGCUAGUUCGGUGUGAUGUUAUUUUGGUUCCACUGACAUUUAAU